AUGGACGAUACGGACUUCAUAUUCAAGCCGAGUUUAACCUCAUGGAAUAGAGAUGACAACUCGGGGGCGAGUGCUGUCCCAGUGCUGAAACAAGGCCAUAUCGUACCUACUGUCCAAAGCUCCAUUCUCGAAUUUCUGAGUAUCGCACAAGCACUCAAUAUCGAUAUUCUUCCCAUCACCUGGCAGCCAGCCCUUCCGACGAUUGGCGAAGGCGCAACAGCAUAUGUAUUACAAAGCCCAUUCGCGGAAAAUGCGAGAUUCGCGUUCAAACGGAUGAGGCCAGUGUCGCAAGAGGAAAAGAUCUGGAAUAUGCGGGCUUUGAUUGCAGAGCUGUUGAUUCUCGGCCAACCAAGCAUCCGGACACACCCCUGUAUAUCCCCGCUCCAGGGAAUUUGCUGGGAUGUUUCGUCGAUGACAGACGAGGUCUGUCCGGUCCUAGUAUUCGGGAAGGCAAAUAAUGGCGACUUGGGCACCUUUAUGGCGAGCACUGUCGGCCCAAGGCUUUCCUACUUCAGCAGAGUGGCAAUGUGUUUCCAAAUGGGUGAUGCAAUCAGGACGAUGCAUGAACUAGGGGUUGUUCACGGCGAUAUCAAGCCUCAAAACGUCCUAGUAUUUGGUGGCCGCAACACGGUCCAUUUUGUACGGAUCAGUGAUUUUGGCUAUUCGACACUCUUUGCAAAACUGGAGGACAAAAUUCUUAUGCCCCAGACACCCCCCUGGAUUGCUCCAGAGUAUCACAAGGGUCAAGCGGUAGACCGUGCCGCUGCUCAGAAGAUGGAUGUCUACUCGUUCGGUCUCCUAUGUCUAUGGCUACUCUUCUACAACGUCCAUGUCCCGAGUCCAUCCACAUUCUACGAUGACAUUAAGAGCGGAACACUCCCAUUGGCCUUGGCAAUCCAGAAGGUUGAAAAUUUACAUGAUAAAGAGCAAAGGAACGCAAUACGUGAAUUCUUUACACAUUCGAUUUGCCCCUCUCCCGAGGACCGAUGCUCUAAUUUCAGCGAUAUGCUGAAGUAUCUUGGAACAGGAUGGUAUUUUGCACCCAUCCUCGAGCUCGUUCCGAUGCUAAUAGUUUGA